CUGUCGUGAACACCAGGCGAGGGGGGUUGAAUUGACUCAAAAAAAAAAAAAAAAAAAAAAAAAAAACUGGCGAUCGGGUGCCACAUCCGGAAUCGCACCGAGCAUAUACCAACGCUCUUAUUUCUAAACCCCCUCCCCUUUUAAUAUACUUUUUAUUUAUUUAUGCCGUUUUUCCCCCUUUAGUUGAUGUUUCACGUUAACACUCCGGGAGGGCAGAAAUGGCGGCCAACAUGUACCGGGUCGGAGAUUACGUGUUUUUCGAGAACUCCUCCAGUAACCCUUACCUGAUCCGGCGAAUAGAAGAGCUCAACAAGACGGCCAGUGGGAAUGUGGAGGCCAAGGUGGUGUGCUUCUACAGAAGGAGGGACAUCUCUCACAGCCUCAUCCAGCUGGCGGACAAACAUGCGAAGGAAUUGGAGGAGGAGAAGGAGAACCCGACAGAGACGGAUCUGACGGACAAACAGAAACACCAGCUCCGCCACAGAGAACUCUUCCUCUCGCGGCAGUACGAGAGUCUACCGGCGACGCACAUCAGGGGGAAGUGCAGCGUGGCGUUACUGAAUGAGACCGAAGAGGUCCUUUCGUACCUCGACAAAGAGGAUACCUUCUUUUACUCGCUGGUGUACGAUCCCACGCAGAAGACCCUGCUGGCCGACAAAGGAGAGAUCCGCGUGGGGCCGCGCUUUCAGGCGGACGUACCGGAAAUGCUACCAGAGGCGGGUGAAAUAGUUGAAAGGGACCAGGCCAAACUGGAGGAGAAGCUCUGGGAUCCAGAGUGUCCACUCAGCAACAAACAGAUAGACCAGUUUCUGGUGGUGGCCAGGGCGGUCGGCACCUUCGCUCGGGCGUUGGACUGCAGCAGCUCGGUCCGACAGCCAAGUUUACACAUGAGUGCGGCGGCGGCGUCGCGCGAUAUCACACUGUUCCACGCCAUGGACACGCUGCACUCUCACAACUACGACCUGUCGAGCGCGCUGAGCGUGCUGGUGCCGGCGGGCGGUCCCGUGCUCUGCAGGGACGAGAUGGAGGAGUGGAGCGCCUCGGAAGCAGCCAUGUUCGAGGAGGCGCUAGAGAAGUACGGCAAGGACUUCAACGACAUUCGACAAGACUUUCUUCCCUGGAAGUCUUUGACCAGCAUCAUAGAGUACUACUACAUGUGGAAGACCACAGACAGAUACGUACAACAGAAGAGGCUGAAGGCGGCCGAGGCGGAGAGCAAGCUGAAGCAAGUUUAUAUUCCCACAUAUAAUAAGCCCAACCCCAACCAGAUCUCAUUGACCAACGGCAAGAUGGCGACCGUAAACGGAGCCGGGCCCGGAGCCUUCCACGCUACAGGCGGGGGCCGAGCAUGCGAGAGCUGCUACACCAUGCAGUCGGCCCAGUGGUACUCGUGGGGGCCGCCCAACAUGCAGUGUCGUCUGUGCGUGUCCUGCUGGAUGUACUGGAAGAAGUACGGCGGCCUGAAGAUGCCCAGCCGAGCCGAGGCCCCCGAGGAGAGGACCUCUCCCACCCCAGCCACCAACGAGCCCCGGUCGCGGAGCCACGCCCCCCGCCAGUCCAACCACAUUCCAAUGCGGAAUAGCGGCAGCCCCAAGUCGUCCAUGAAGACAAAGCAGGCCUUCCUGCUGCAGGCCACUCGCCUCACCAAGCUGGCGCGGCACAUGUGCCGCGACGUCAUCAGGCUGCGCCGAGCCGCACGCCGCCCCUUUGUUCCCAUUAACUGUGGGGCCGUAAAGGCAGAGUACGUCUCCAGGCUCUCAGAGGGUCACGGGACCCGCCUACCUAAAAUCAAAGCAGCCCAAAGGAGCACCCUGACCAGCGUCGUGCAGUUUCUCGAGUCCCGUCCGGCGGCCCAGGCCCCUCGCUCCCACCGGACGGCAGGCCUGCAGACGCCGCCGCCUCGCCGCCUCCUCUCCUCUCUCCCCCACGGGCCUCACGGCAUGCUGGGAAAACGCAGCUUCCAUCACCACAGCAGGGCAGAGCCGGACAGGCGCCCAGAAAAUCCAGGAACAACAGGUGGCGCUCUCCUGCAUAAUGGCCGCAGCGGCGGCGGCGGCAGCGCUCGGGGAGGAGUGAUGAUCCGAAAGAGGCGCCCCAACUGGAUCGACGCUCCCGAUGACAGCUUUUUCCUCGUCACCCGGGAGACCAGGAGGGCCAGACGGAUGCUGUCGCGUUCCCAGCUCAGGCACGCUUGUCGGCAGCCCUGCGAGCAGAUCACCCUCCGCAGGGCCUCCCAGGGGGUGCCCCAGGGGCUGGUACUGGGGCCCCCGCAUCCCCACCCCAGCCUGAGGAUGCGAGGCCCCAUCGUCAUCCACGACUGACCCUGUCCUCCCUCGGCCCUUCUCUGUACAGUCGGACACCCGUUCGAACGACUCGUAAAAAAAACAAAAAACGCCACGCAAUAGAAACACAUUUUAACCGCCCCCUCCCCCACACUUGCUUGCCAGUUUAUUAGGUACACCUGGGUUUGACCGCCAUGCAGUGCGAGCAUCUGCAGGCACACACAGGAAUGGCGCAGUUCAAAACUUCCAUUGGAAAAACGGCCACAUUUAGACGGUAGGGAAUGGGAGAUGGCCGUACACUCCCACGCCACAACGCUCGGCUCGGUUUCGUCAAGUAGCACCAGACGGACCGGCCUCGGUGUGUUGAACACGCGUGCCAAAAGCGCGUGUUCGUAUGGUGCGCGUUGCCAUGGCAACGGCAGGGGGAGCCAAUUGCGGUGAUCACGGAUGGGACUUUUGUGUUGUGACCUGUGAUGUUUCUUUUUCUCUUUUUUUUGUAUAAAGCUGUUUUUUUCUCCCGCCCCCUCAGUAUAAAGGUGGGCGGGGCUUUGGGAAGGAGAGGGGGGGGGGGGGGGGGCAUGCGGGUUCAUUUUUAUUUCAUAAAUGAAUGGCCAUGUAUAGGAAUAUUCCAAAUCUUUUGAUUUUAACUAGAGAUGUCCGAUAAUAUCGGAGUGCCGAUAUUAAUGCUUUAAAAUGUAAUAUCUGAAAUUAUCGGUAUUGGUUUCAAAAUCAUCUGUAUCGGUUUCAAAAAGUAAAAUGUAUGACUUUUAAGGCCGCUGUGUACACGGACGUAGGGAGAAGUACAGAGCGCCAAUAAACCUUAAAGGCACUGCCUUCGCGUGCCGGCCCAAUCACAUAAUAUCUACGGCUUUUCACACACACAAGUGAAUGCAAGGCAUACUUGGUCAACAGCCAUACAGGUCACACUGAGGGUAGCCGUAUAAACAACUUUAACACUGUUACAAAUAUGCGCCACACUGUGAACCCACACUAAACAAGAAUGACAAACACAUUUUCGGGAAAACAUCCAUACCAUAACAUACCAACUUUAUUUAUAAAGCCCUUUAAAAACAACCACAGUUGAAGAACAAAGGGCUGUACACCACAAAGAAAUAGAGGCAAAGGACAGACUAAAAAAAUAACAUUUAAAACAGAAGUAAAAUACACAUUGAAAAAGCAAAUACAAAUUACCCUGAGAACAAUUUGUUAGAUAAAAACAGUUUAAAAAGUAAAAAAAAAGUUUAAAAGUCUCAUGCUGGGUUAAAAGCCAGUAUCUGCACCGUAACAGAACAAAUACCCAGAACCCCUUGCAGCACUAACUCUUCCGGGACGCCCCCCCCCGC